AUGCCUAUCUCCAACGGUGACGCGGCGGGGAGCGCCGUCCAGCGCCUGGGUGGGAAUGUAGAAAUUCCUGACUAUGCCAAAGCGUUGGACGUCUUGAAGGCAGAUUACCAGAGACAUGAUGGCCUGGGAAUCAGCGAUUUGCUCGAUUCUAACAAGCGCGGAGCCCUUACCUACAACGACUUCUUGGUCCUCCCUGGGUACAUCGGCUUUCCUGCCUCCGAUGUUACCUUGGAAGCACCGAUCACAAAGCGUAUCUCCCUGAAGGCUCCGUUGGUAUCUUCUCCAAUGGACACCGUCACUGAGCAUUCCAUGGCCAUCCAUAUGGCACUCCUUGGUGGUCUCGGCGUCAUUCACCACAACUGCUCUGCCGACGAUCAAGCAGAGAUGGUUAGGAAAGUUAAGCGAUUCGAGAAUGGUUUCAUCUUGGAUCCUGUUGUCAUAUCUCCUAAAACAACCGUUGCGGAAGCCAAAGAAUUGAAGGCGCAGUGGAAUUUUGGCGGAUUCCCAGUUACAGAAAACGGCACGCUGCGAUCCAAGCUCGUUGGUAUCGUUACUUCACGAGAUAUCCAGUUCCACACCAACUUGGAAGAGCCCGUCACGGCUGUAAUGUCCACUGACCUCGUAACUGCCCCUGCUGGUACUACGUUGGCAGAAGCGAACGAAGUAUUGCGACGCUCAAAGAAAGGCAAACUGCCCAUCGUCGAUGAGAACGGCAAUCUCGUUUCCCUUCUUUCUCGGACUGAUCUUAUGAAGAACUUGCACUAUCCAUUGUCAUCUAAGCUGCCUCAUUCGAAGCAGCUCAUUUGCGCUGCGGCCAUUGGCACUCGCCCUGAAGAUAAGGACCGACUAAAGAAACUAGUUGAGGCCGGUUUGGACAUCGUGGUUCUGGAUAGCAGCCAGGGCAACAGCAUGUACCAAAUUGAAAUGAUCAAAUAUAUAAAGCAGAAUUUCCCGGAGAUCGAUGUGAUUGGUGGAAACGUCGUCACAAGAGAGCAGGCAGCCUCCUUGAUUGCUGCUGGCGUUGACGGAUUGAGAAUUGGAAUGGGCAGCGGUAGCGCUUGCAUAACCCAAGAGGUUAUGGCCGUGGGACGUCCACAAGCCGCUGCGGUUCACAGUGUCACUCAAUUCGCGGCCCGCUUUGGUGUUCCCUGCAUUGCUGAUGGUGGCAUCCAGAAUGUCGGGCACAUUGUCAAGGGACUUGCUUUGGGAGCCACUACCGUUAUGAUGGGAGGUCUCCUUGCGGGUACUACUGAGUCACCUGGCCAGUACUUUGUCAGCCGUGAAGGCCAAUUGGUCAAGGCCUAUCGUGGCAUGGGCAGUAUUGACGCCAUGGAGGAGAAGAAGGCUGGCGGAGGAAGCAAAGGCCAGGCUUCAAACACAGCCGGAACUGCUCGAUACUUCUCCGAGGGCGAUCGCCUUUUGGUCGCUCAGGGAGUUUCUGGCUCCGUUCUCGAUCGUGGCUCAGUUACAAAAUUCGUUCCUUAUCUCAUUGCGGGCAUUCAACACUCUUUCCAGGAUAUCGGCGUUAAGAGCCUACAAGAGCUGCAUGACGGUGUGAACAAUGGCACCGUGAGAUUUGAAGUUCGUACCGCAAGCGCUCAGGCCGAGGGUAAUGUCCAUGGCCUUCAUAGCUAUGAUAAGAAACUUUACUCUUGA